AUGAAGGAUCGUACAUCCACCGCAGGUGUUGAACCAGUCUUCCCAGGGCCGUGGGACCAGUAUAACUUUUCGCCAGCUUCACGAACUCAAUACCCCAUCCGCAUCCACCGAACUACCGGCAUUGUCGAGAAUGAAGCCAAUCUACUUGACUUCAAGAGUACCAUUAUUCACGCCUUGAAGCAAUCCAAUGAAGUCAAAUAUUCCGAGCUCUACUCUUCAAUAACCGUCGACUUCGGCAAGGAAGUUUGUGGGCCUGUGACUUUAAGAAGUGGUCGAACAUCAACGGAUCAAACCGUCGCAUUGGCAUACGCUGAAAGUUCGCAGUGGGUAGGAUUUGACAGCGAUGAUUCUUCUUCCUUGCGGCCUUCGGUCUCAGACGGACACUUCGAAUUCCAAAUGGGGCCAAAUGAGACAUACACUGUACCGAUGGAGAAGCAAAGGGGAGGCUAUCGAUACCUCACCAUCUUCACCAAGACACCUGGCGCAAUCUUAGAGAUCAAAGAAGUCUCUGCAUAUUUCACUUCCAUGCCUCAUUGGCAGAACCUCAGAGCAUACUCAUCGUAUUUCUUCUCCAACGAUGAGCUUCUCAACCGCCUCUGGUAUGCAUCCGCAUACACCAAUCAACUGUCGACACUUUCAAAAGAUCAAUCUCGACGGUGUGAGCUUGAUUCUGGUUGGCUGAACAAUGCUAUUUGCUGCACUUCAGGAGAGACGGUAAUUACAGACGCCCCUCGAAGGGACAGGACAGUGUGGGCUGGGGAUCUCGCCAUCGUUGUCUGGUCACAAUUCGCUACUAUCGGUGACUCCAUCUCUAUGCGAAAUGCCUUAGAUACACUUUUCGAUGUCCAGAGUGAGAGAGGACAGUUUCCUUGGGCAGGACCGCCUAUUUGUCAUGACAGUGUCAGCGAGCUUGCAAAAUCUGGAGACUGGCCAUACAUUUCCGACUCUUAUCAUCUAUGGACAAUGCUCGUUGCCAGACAUUUCUUUCACUUAACAGGGGACUUGGAGUGGCUGAAGGCAAAGUGGCAAGGACUUGUUUUAGGGAUGCAGUUAACAGUAUCAAGAUUUCGGGUUGAUGAAGGACUAUAUUACUCCGCCGGAGAGUUAGACUGGGGUCGCUCAUCAGUUGAAGGCUUCAAUCUCUCCUGCAAUAUCCUCUUUCAUGAAACUCUUCUCAGAAUGGCACCUCUUGCAACACUACUUGCGUCUCCAGACCUCGCUUCACAGUGGUUGGAAAUAGCCUCCACGCUCAAACCAAAUCUGGAACGAUUUUGGGACCCCUCAAUUGGUUUAUACAAGGACAACCUGAAUGCACCUUAUCUCCAUCCUCAAGACGGGAAUUCCUUGGCAUGUUGGUUCGGCAUCUCUACUCACGAACGAGCUCAGAUAAUAACCACGAACUUGAAGAAGAGGUGGGGUCCGUUCGGUCCAAUCAAUCCUGAAUGUUCAGGCCCAGUAUCACCUUUCAUCUCGGGAUUUGAAUUGCAAGCCUUAAUUCACGCGAGCAGGAUGAACGAUGCACUGGCCAUGAUCCGCACUGCUUGGGGAUGGAUGAUUAACAAUCCGGCAAGCACUGGAAGCACGAUGCUCGAAGCCUGGGGUGCAGAUGGCAAAAUCACUUAUCCAUUUUACAAAGAUAAGCCGAGUUAUAUCUCCCAUUGCCAUCCUUUCUCCACCGGGCCGGUUCUCGUUUUAACCUAUGAGCUUCUUGGCCUCAAUUUUACCGAUGCAGGAGGUAAGAGUUGGGAAUUUAGACCCUGUGUUGGGGAUUUGGAGCAUUGUCAAGGAGGGUUUACGGGUACUCAUGGGAAGUACUCAGCUGGUUGGAGGAAGACGAGGGAGAAUGGAAGAAUUGUUUUUUCGUGCUGGGUAGAAGCUCCUGAAGGCACAACUGGAAGAGUUCGGUUACCAGUAUUGACAAGUGGAGGGCCAAAGAGCACAGGCAAGAAGGAAAGUGUCAAAUGCGAGAAUAAGGAUGGCUACGAGUGGCUUGAUGGCAUUUCAGGCGGAGAGCGUCAUAAUUUUGUUACUUAAGCCAGCAUCUAUG